AUGCAUUUACCACGCUUAUCAUCAAUGCUGCUUGCGAUCGCUGCCCCGCUGACGGCAAUGCCAGCGGAAGCACGAGCCCACAGGCCACCGCAAGUAUACGACACAACGGACAAGAUCCCACUCCCAAACCAAGGAAAUAUCCCAGCACACGACCCAAACAUCAUUCUCUUCGAAGAUAACUACUACCUCUUCAAAGGCGGGAUCCACAUCCCAAUCUUCAAAUCCGCCAACAUGUCCGGACCCUGGGAAAAGAUCGGCACAGUCUUUGACAGCGACAGCAUAAUCGACAAAGGCAACCGGUCGCGGCCAUGGGCUCCAACCACCAUUCAAAAAGAUGGGACCUUUUACUGUUACUACACUGUCAGUCUACCCGGGUCCCACGAUAGCGCGAUUGGCGUCGCAACAACAACGACAAUUAACAGCACCUGGGUCGAUCACGGUGCUAUAAUCAAUACAGGAACCGGGCCCGGCUCGGACGUGCAUCCGUAUACGAUCACGAAUGCAAUUGACGCAUCAUUCAUCACAGACCAGGAGUCUGGACAGGCAUAUCUGAAUUACGGGAGUUUCUGGCAUGAUAUCUGGCAGGUGCCGUUGUCCGAUGACUUGCUUUCUGUCAAGAAUAAGGACAGUCCAGAUGCGAAGCAGUUGACCUUUGUCCCUCGGGUGAAACCGAAGCCUGAGGAGGGGUCUUGGAUGAGUUAUCACGAAGGAUAUUAUUAUGCUUGGUUCAGUCAUGGGAAGUGCUGCCAUUUCCAGAAUGGGUUCCCCAAGCGUGGGAAGGAGUAUAGUAUUCGGGUUGGGCGAUCGAAAGAUGUUCGUGGUCCAUUCUCGGAUAAAGAUGGUCAUCGCUUGCUUGAUGGUGGUGGGACGGUGGUUUACGCAUCUAAUCAUGGGAGUGUGUAUGCUCCUGGUGGACUUGGAGUUUUGCCUGGGAGUAAUGAUUCCACUCCGGAUAUUCUUUAUUAUCAUUACUUGAACACCUCGAUCGGGUUCACAAAUGGGCAAGCUCAAUUGGGCUGGAAUUAUCUGGAAUAUAAGGAUGGGUGGCCGGAACCUGUUGGAGGUCAGAAUUCCACGUCUGCCAGCUCGCCCUCGAUCUAUUCACUGCCCAGCUGGAACUUUGUCCCAGCUCUUAUUGGCUUGUGGCUGUACAUUUGA